AUGUAUUUUGAAGAAGAUGAAAACAGUAGAAUGUGCGCGGGAAAAAAAGAAUUUGUCACCAAAGGAAAAAUAAGAAAACAGAAGCGAUAUCUUAGCGACAACUUGCAGAAUCUACAUAAAAAGUAUCUUGAAACCAAUCCUCGAUACAAAAUAAGCUACAGUGCAUUUUGCAAGCUUCGUACAUUUUGGGUACGCGUACCAAACGUCAAUAUUCGUGAAACAUGUUUAUGUAUAGAUCAUGAAAAAAUGGAGUUGGUUGUUGUAGCCCUUCGGAAAAAUUAUCUGAUUGUGGAAAAAUCUGUAAAUGAGAUUCUACAAUCACUAUGUUGUGAUCCUAGGAAUGUUCACUGUCUGGCUAAGAAAUGUGAUAGUUGCAAAAAUAAGGCCAUUAAUUAUAAAGAAUUUGACAAUACCAAAGAAACACAUUACUUUAUUUGGAACAAAGUAAAAAAACUUAUAUCAAAGAUGGAAAAGAAAAAGCUACGCUUCAAACGAUUAAGGCAAAAGUUGCAGCGCAUCCCAAAGAUAUAA